AUGACCUGGGGUCCCAGAGCGGGAAACCACAUCGCCGGCUGGAGCCGCAAGGCCAGAAAGGUCUGUCAAUGCACGUUGCCGAAGACUGAGUUGGGGAAAAGACUCUCGGUUCGUGGAUCGCUCGUCAGUAGAAGGGCCGAGCUGUUGUUUACAGGCGCAGCCCAUGGAAAGCCACCUGGGCUCUUCGACGAGCAACAUGCGGCCGUGAGCGCCUCAUUUGGACGUACUCCGGCGCUUAUGCUGGAUGAUUCUGUAGUUCAGGACUUCGGGUUGCAUCGCUCCAGGUUCAGAGGCGCCACCCGUGCAUGCGAGGGGCAGAAAAGCACGGCACAUAACCCGGUUUAG